AUGUAUGUGGAUUCUUUCUGGUUGGCCGCUUCGCUGAGACGGCCAAGCGUGACAAAAAUUCACCUUGCAGGGAAUUUCACAAAAGAAACAAGAAAAAAAAUUGUAGGAACAUAUGGCCUGGCAUCGUUCACGGCGGUUGCAGAUGGAUGCCUUCUCGUCAUGACAUAUAUUCCUUCUUUUCAGAUAGUCGCUCGUCUGCUUACAGAUGUCAAAAAAAGAUCUAUGUGUCAGCACCGACUGACAUUGAUAAAGCUUUUUUCUCUAGUUUUUUUGGAAGGUGGAAUGAUAUUUGUAUUUCGGUGGACAUUUUUGGGCCUGUGUAAGUUUUCUACGUAACUUUUUGACAUCUGCACUGGUACAUCGUGCACAGCGAUGUAUUUUUUUGAUGUCCUUCUAUGUAUUGUCUGCUAACAGCCUGUUUACUAAUUGAUUAUAGUCUUUUAUUUCUCUUUCUCUAGGAUCGCACGACCUCUUGCGGCUGUGGACACAAUGAAUAUGUCUCAUUUAUUUGAUGUUCUGCAUUUUAUAAUUUUAUCAUGUUGUUGUGUCUCAGUUUAUUGUUAUUCAGUUCGAGUAAAAAAAUCGUUCGGUCUUUGACGCUUUUCUAAUUUUUGCUCUGCGAUAGGUUUGUAGUAGGUUUGUGAUAAGUGAUUUCUUGCUUCACGUUGGUGAGGUCUUGCAGAUUUUUUUCCGGUUAUGUCGUCUGCUGAAAAAAGAAAAAAACUCUGAACGAAAAGCGAACACUUCUCAUAUCAUGG